AUGGGGCAGCGAUGUCAAGCCAGCGGCACAGGCACCACGAAGGGAAAGAAGAUCCAGCUCGAAAGAGUGUUUGGAUCUUUCUGGGGAACGUGUUUUGUACUAGGUAACGUAAUUGGCGCUGGAAUUUUAGUGGCCCCCAAAGGAGUGCUGAAGUACUCUUGCAUGAAUGUGGGGCUGUCCCUGUGUAUUUGGGCUGCCUGUACCCUAUUGACCAUGAUGACCUCUCUCUGCUCAGCAGAGAUAGGUACAACCUUCCCAUGCAGCGGCUCUAACCUCUACUUUCUCAAGAGGUGUUUUGGCAACUCGAUCUGUUUCCUGAGACUCUGGACAAGUUUAUAUCUGGGGCCAGGAGUAACCGCCAGCCAAGCCCUGCUUCUGGCCGAGUAUAGCAUCCAGCCUUUUUAUCCCAGCUGCUCUGCUCCAGAUCUGCCAAAGAAAUGUCUGGCACUGGCCAUAUUGUGGAUUGUGGGAAUUCUGAAUUCUCGCGGCGUGAGAGAGAUAACUUGGCUUCAGACAGCCAGCACCAUGCUGAAAACGGCCAUCCUGGGCCUUAUUUCCCUAAGUGGAGUGGUGUUGCUAGUCAGAGGGAGGAAGGAGAAUGUAGAAAUGUUUCAGAACGCUUUUGAUGCUGAAUUUCCAGAAGCCUCCCAGUAUAUAGAAGCUGUCUUCCAAGGAUAUUUUGCAUAUUCAGGCGGGGGAUGCAUUAUACAGAGAGCAGGGGAGGUGAAGAAACCCAGAGAGACAAUUCCAAGAUUCAUCUUUACUGCACUAGCUUUGGUGACUGUCCUUUGUUUACUGGUUAACAUUUCCUACCUGACUGUUCUGACACCCAGGGAAAUCCUCUCUUCAGAUGCUGUGGUUAUCACGUGGUCUGACAGAGUUGUCCCCUCGUUGACAUGGGUUAUCCCUUUUGCUAUUUCUGCCUCAUUAUUUAGCAACGUUCUGGUGAAUAUAUUUCAGUCAUCAAGAAUGACAUAUAUUGUGGGCCGAGAGGGCCAGCUGCCUUUGUUAUUUAAUAUGCUCAAUAUUCACUCCUCUCCAUUUAUAUCUGUGCUACUACUUAUCGCUAUGGCGUCUGUUGUGGUUGUCUCGACAAACCUAAUUGAUUUGAUAAACUAUCUUUAUUUUGCAAUUUCUAUUUGGUCUGUGUUAUCAAUGGUAGGACUACUGAAACUGAGAUACCGGGAGCCCAAUCUACCCAGACCUUAUAAGGUGUUUUUGCCAUUUCCAUUGGCAACAAUGGCCAUGAACCUGUGUAUGGUUUUGAUACCUUUGGUGAAGUCUCCACAUAUGCAUUACGUUUAUGUCUAUCUCUUUAUUCUCAGUGGACUUCUGUUUUGUAUAUCUUUAAUAUAUUUUCAAUGGAGGUUGGUUUGGUUUGAGAAGAUGACGUGCUAUUUACAAUUGCUAUUUAAUAUUUACCCCGAUGUGUCUGAUGAACAGAUGUUGAAGUAG